AGAGAAUCAGGAAAUAUCAGUAAAUAUAAAGUGACAGCAGAGUGCCUCUCUUUCUCUCGCAUUGUCAUUGUGUGAGCUCAGAAAAAUGGCCAAGGCGAGUAUUUCAAUAGAUCAUGAUCAGUUCAGCUGUUCAGUGUGUCUGGAUCUCCUGAAGGACCCGGUGACUCUCUCCUGUGGUCACAGUUUCUGUAAGGUGUGUAUUAAUGGUCACUGGGAUCAGGAGGAUCAGAAGAACAUCUACAGCUGUCCUCAGUGCAGAGACACUUUCACACCAAGGCCUGUUCUAUGCAGAAACAACAUGCUGGCUGAAGUGGUGGAGAAACUGAAGAAGAAGACUGAAGUCCAAGCUGCUUCUCCUGAUCACUGUUACGCUGGACCUGGAGAUGUGGAGUGUGAUUUCUGCACCGGGAGAAAACACAAAGCCGUCAAGUCCUGUCUGAUGUGUGUGGCUUCAUUUUGUGAAACUCAUCUCAAACCUCAUCUUGAAAUUCCUGCUUUGAAAAAACACACAUUAAUUGAAACCUCAACAAAUCUACGAGAGAAGAUCUGCUCCGAACACAACAAGCUGAUUGAGAUCUUCUGUCGUACUGAUCAAACCUGCAUCUGUUAUUUGUGUACGAUGGAUAAUCACAAAGGGCACGAAACCGUAACAGCCGCAGCAGAGAGAGAUGAAAAACGGAGUGAGUUAAAUAAGGAGCAGAUGAAAUUCCAGCAGAGACUCCAGGAGAAGCAGAAGAAGGUGCAGGAGCUGAAACAGACUGUGAACACUAUAAAGCUCAGUGCACAGACAGCAGUGGAGGACAAUGAGAUGAUCUUUACUGAGCUGAUCAGCUCCAUGGAGAAAAAGCGCUCGGAGGUGACGGAGAUGAUCAGAGCUCAGGAGAAGGCUGGACUGAGUCGAGCUGAACGACUCCUGGAGGAACUGGAGCAGGAGAUUGAUGAUCUUCAGAGGAGAGUCACUGAGAUGGAGACGCUUUCACAUACACAUGAUUCCAUCCAAUUCCUCCAGGCCCUUGCUUCUGCACAUUGGGCUCCCAAACUUCACAUUCCGAAGUCUAACACAUCCAGUAUCACUGUCCCUCAACACCUCUCAUUUGUUGGAAUGAUGGAUUCUCUGUCGGAUCUGAAGAAGAGAAUCGAGGAAUUCUGUAAGGAGGAAUUUAAAAACAAAAUUCAUCCACAUGCUGCAGCAGUUCAGAUCAGUUCACCAUCGCAGGAACAGGAUGGAGAUUUUCUGAAAUAUUUCUGUUAUCUGACUCUGGAUCCCAACACAGCAUACUGUUACCUCAUUCUGUCUGAGAAGAACAGAGUGGUGACAGGCACUAAGAUUGAGCAGCAGUACUCUAAUCAUCCAGAGAGAUUUGACACCUGGUCUCAGGUGUUGUGUAAGGAGAGUGUGUGUGGACGCUGUUACUGGGAGGUGGAGUGGAGCGGUACAGUGGAAAUUUCAGUCUCAUAUAUAGACAUCAGCAGGAAAGGACAGGGUGAUGAGUGUGUGUUUGGACGCAACAAUCAGUCCUGGAGUCUGUGGUGUUCUUCUUCUUCUCUCUCAUUCUGGCACAACAACAUUAAGACUGAUCUUAGAGUUCCUCCUUCCUCCAGAAUACGAGUAUAUGUGGAUCACAAUGCAGGAAUUCUGUCCUUCUACAGCGUCUCUGACACCAUGAAGCUCAUCCACAAAGUCCACACCACAUUUACUCAGCCUCUAUAUGCUGGGUUCAAGCUUGACUGGUGGUUUGGUUCUACUGUGAAAUUGUGUGAUCUAAAAUGAAGUGUGUAUUUUGUUUGCUGUCAGAUAGAAAUUUUUCAAAAGCAAGUUUUUAUAUAGUCAACUUUUCCCCAAAAAUGACAAUCAAAUGCUUUAUUAUUGUCAUGUCUAAACAAUGCUACAGCAUACAAAUAUUAAUACAGUCUGUAUUACUGUUUGCUUUCAUCUUUGUGACAAAAAAGCUGUGCACGAAAGGUUUGGCUAUAUACAGUAGGUUUAUGGUUCUUUUCCUAGGUUUCUUGUGCGUUUCUGAGUCACUGUGUGAUAUUUUUUAAUCUUUGCCUCCCCCUUGUGGUGAGUUUGUGGAAAAGCAGCUAUUAUUUAUAUAAACCGUGUGGAGGUGCUGGUGUGUAUUUAUGUAUUUAAGCAGUUGGGUACUCUUUUUAUUAUAAUAUGCAUCAAGCCUUCUGAGCUACUGAAAUAAUGUGGCAUAAAUUCUUUUUUUUUUUCAUUUCUUUCUUUCUUUUUUUUAAUUUUAAAGCUACUCUACAAUAAAGUAAUACACCUUAAAGUAUAA